UGUUUGUUGAUUUGUUUUGGUUGUGUGAAAUAAACGUGAGGACUCUGGAGGUUUUUAAUGUUCUUUAAGUGCUUAAACUUUUACUUAUGCACCUCUGUUGUCAAUAUGAAUCCACCUGUUGGCUGUGCCGAGAAAAAGAAACCGGAUAUGUAUGGGGAGCGCAUAAUAAAAGAAAAGACAGAGAAACAUUAUGAAGCAGGUGUUGGUGCCAUGUCACAGUCUCACUUUGACAAGGCUGUGUCCUGUUUCUCAAAGGCCAUUCUACUCCAGCCACAUCAGACUAAGUUUUAUGUCCAACGAGCAGAAGCAUAUAUUCAGCUGUGUGACUUCCAAUCUGCAGCACUAGAUUACAAACAUGCCUGCAGUCUGGAUCCUCAAACUGAGGCCUACCCUCAACAACUUGCCUUCAUCUACUACCUGCAGGGCCAGUGUUGUUUUGAUUUAGGGAAGAUUCUGGAGGCUCUGGAGUCUUUCACAAAAGCUGCAGAACUCAAACCCUCCUUUCGGCCAUAUCACAUGAGAAGUUUGGCUUGUCUGACCGCUCUUGGCCGUUACUCUGACUGUCUUCGGUUGGUCAAUAAUUGGCUGGAGACGGACGGCCAGUCAGCAGACCUCUUCACUCUGAGAGCUCGCCUUCACCACCAGCUCAGUCAGAUGACUUUGUGCUAUCAUGACUUGAGGUCAGCACUCAGGCUGAAACCGUGCUGUCCAGAGGCACAGGCACUGCUGAAGAGGCUGAAGGAAGCAGCGGAUGAUUCCCAUCAGGCAGCUGUCGAUAAGGCAUUAAAGGGAGAGCUUUCAGAUGCACUGGGGAAAAUUAACACCGCUCUGGAAUAUAACCCCAAUAAAGCACAGUACUACCUCUUUAGAGGGAUUCUAUAUCGGCGCCUGAAAGACUUCACUGCUGCCAUUGAGGACUUGAUUCUUGCUGUUGAGUUCUGUGGGGUUGGAGAAGAUCCUCCUCAAGGAGGCAUGCAGGACAUUUCAGAGGAUUUAGAGGAAGAUGCUCAGACCCAACUCAUACUCACAUACAAUGAUUUUGCCAUUCAGUGCUUCUCCCGGAAUCUGUACGGUGAAGCCAUCAUGCUGCUGAACAAGGCCAUAGAGAAACAGAGAGAUGCAAAUGAGCUGUUCAUCAACAGAGGAGAUUGUUUUUUUAAGCAGUGUGAGUGGACUUUUGCACUGGCUGACUAUCAGCAAGCAGAGGAGAUGGACCCUGACAACACGGAUAUCUGGCUACGGCUUGCUGUUAUUCACAAUACACUGGGUCUGCAUAGCUAUGAAGACAAGAACUACCAGGAAGCAGCAGACAAGUUUUCUGUUGCUAUAAGGUACAACCCUGGUGAAGUACAUUACUAUGAGAAUCGAGCCAAAGCUUAUAGCAAAGUGGCCAAAAUGGAGGAGGCCAAGAUGGAUGCCAUCAGAGUCCUUAUCUUGGAGCCCACCAAUGAUCAGGUGUUGCCUUUGCUGUCCAGUCUGCUCCCAGGAUGCUCCUUGACAGAUAUUAUGUCCUGUGCCACUGCACAGUCAGUCACAACCCAGCUGACGGCAAAGAUUCAGGCUUUCAAACUAGCAGUCUCCAAGUUGUCAAGAAUUGGCAGGAUGGCCCUUGCCAAGGAGGAGAGUCAGUCACAAACAUCCUCACAGAAGUUACAGGCUGAAGAUGGUUCAGAGGAGAUGAUGAAGCCAUGCGUCACUCCAAGAGAGGUGCAAUGCAAGCUAGUCAAGAGAAAACAACAGUUGAAUCAAGCUGUGAAAAGAGCCCUGCAGCAGAGGCAGCCCCUGCACUAUGACGGGCCCCGUCUGGCCCUUCACCACCCCGUACGUGAAGAGCCUAGCACUCGGGAACGGCCGUAUGCGUGGAGGAAAUUUGGGGGCUUUGGGCUCAAUUGUUGAAGGCUCAUUGGUAUGAAUCAGUCUCAGCGAUUCUGGUGACUGUGUAAUCUGUAAUUCCCUUAAUACUUUGGGUU